UGCGUGUGUGUUCAUUUGUAAUAUUCUGUCAAAGCAUCAACAACAACGCAGAGUGGAUAAGCUGUGUAACACGCACUGCACAUUACAGUAUUCAAACACGUUUUUACGUUAAUACGUUCUAGGUGCUUUUAGAGUUGCAUAUUUUAAACAAGAUGCCGAAGAAAGGUGGAGGUGGAGAUAAGGGGAAGUCAUCCAAAAAAGAUGCAGCAGGCGCAGGUGGUGGAGGUAAAAAGGAACCUAAAGGUGCCAAUUCUGUCAAGGUGCGGCAUAUUCUUUGCGAAAAGCACUCCAAGUGCAUGGAAGCAAUGGAGAAGAUAAAGGCAGGAAUGAAAUUCAAUGAGGUUGCUCAACAAUACAGUGAGGACAAAGCAAGGUCCGGCGGUGAUUUGGGCUGGAUGAUACGUGGAAGCAUGGUUGGUCCAUUUCAAGAAGCUGCUUUUGCAUUGCCAGUUAGUUCUUUGGCAUCCCCCAAGUACACGGACCCGCCAGUUAAAACGAAGUUUGGUUACCACAUUAUUAUGGUGGAAGGGAAAAAAUGAGUAAAAUGAUUUCAUUGCAAUGAAAGAUAAAAUGGGUGCAGUGGAAAUUCUAGACUUUAUCCACAAUGUUUUCCAUUGUAAAAGUGUAUGCUGUAUACAAAUAACAAGCAUGUUAAUGCUUCAACGAUAUGAUUGUAAAAAGUUAUAAAAGCAUGAAAUACUUAUAAGAAACAUGAUACUACGUAUAACUGUUUUUACAAGGCACCUAUAAGGUAAAUGAAACAAUUGCAGGAAGGCAUGUCAGCAAAAAAAAUUUAAAAAGUGCACCAAUAAUAUUACUAAUUGCUUGGUGCAAACCACAA